UUUUUAUCUUCCAUAUCGCAAAAAAUUUAAAUCCUUAAUUUUUCACAUCUUUUUCUGGAUUUUAUUGUUUUGGUGAGAUUUUGUCAGUUUUUUGGUUAUUUUUAGACCACAGGUUCACUGGAAGGCUGUGUCACUAUGUCAACACAAUUCAACAAUUUUCAGAACAAUUAAUCUUUUUUAUCAUUUUGUAAAUUAUUUUAAAUUAUUUUUAAAAUUUUGUAAAUUAUUUUGUAAAUUAUGUUUUGAGAAUGUGUGUCGUUUGUGGAUCUGAGUUUACUAAUAUACCGUUGUAACAGGUGAUUCCUACCAUUUCUUACCCUUUAAAGCGUUACUUUUAUUACUUUAAAAUUAUUACUUUGUAUCUUACCUUUUACAUGCAGUUGAAUUGUUAAUUUGCUCCCUCUACCCCUGCAUGCCAAUUAGACAACGUGUGUAAUCUUCACACAUUUUAAUCUUUCAACUUUUUCACUAUUUUUAACCUUUUUUUACUAUUUUUAGCUUUUUUCAACUUUUUUAGAAUUUUCUAAAAUUUUCUAAAAUUUUCAAAUUUUUACAAUUUUACACAUUUUUCACUAUGUCAAAUUCUACCACACCCAGACGUACCUACGGUAAACUAACCUCAAAACACACAAAUCCCACCGUAACAGACACUACAACUCCCUGUCUAACAGACACUACAACACCCUGUGCAACAGAUAUAACAGUUCGUAAGCGUAAUCAUCCCUCGUUUAGCUCAGUUGAGUCUGAGUUUUACCGUGUGUUUACCGAUCCUAAGCGUCAAAAGUGUGAUGACAUAUCAUUCCUAUUUAGGGGCGCUUGUAAUAACAUUGGCACUUCCACUGUGGGUAUGUACGGUGAGAUUUCACACUCGAGUUUGAAGUUAAUUUGCAGGAAACUGGUCGAGUUUGGACUUGACGACAGGAGUGUAGUGCUAGACCUGGGCAGUGGCAGAGGUGUCCCAAACUUCGUCUUCGCCAAUGACGCGAAUACUUUCAGCUCAAUUGGCGUUGAAAAGUGUCCCAUCGCAUAUCUCAACUCUAUUAAUAAUAUUUGCAUCGCCAUAUCCAAUGAUAUUCAGAAGAUCAAAUCCACUGUUGAUCUGGAAUCGCGAAUCAACGAUCAUUCGCACAAUUCCAACAAUUGUUUUACAGAUGUUUCUACUGCAUGCAGUUCGUGUGAAUCUUGUUGUGACUCUCCAGAUGGUAAUCUUAUAGAAGAUUAUGAAUACUCUGUGAACACUCAACUGGAACCCGAAGAACCCGAAGAAUUUGAUGAAUUUGAUGAAUUCACCGAGACACCCACCAAACACCUCAAGUCUCCCAAACCCACUCUCAACACUCUGGACACUGUGGACACUGUGGACACUCUGGACAUUGUGGACACUGAGGACGUGGUAAACCCUGUAAACCCUGUGGACAAUGAGGAUCAAGGGUUAAAACGUGGUUUGGAGGAGUUUAGGAGUAGGUGUGCGAGUUUGUCGUUGGCGUUUGUGAAUGAGGACAUAAUUGCGUAUGACUCGUUUGAGGGCGUUACGCAUUUUUACAGCUUUGACAUUGCGAUGGAGCGGGCGCUGAUUAGUAACAUGGUUUACCAAUUCAAGAACACGUCCACUGCCUACGUGUUUGCCUCGUUUAUUUCUGAUUUGCUGAGCACGUUUGGGCUGACCGGCUGUUUCCUGGCCGCAAAGAUACCCUGCAGAAUGGCAGGCAGCGGCGAAGGCAAAACCUGCUACAUUUACGUCAAAAACAACUGGAAACACAUUAAAAAACGGGCAGACUCCAGGCUAUCCACGCUGUUUCCCAAUGAUUCUCACACUGUCAACACUGUCAACAAUAUCAAUCUUGAUGUGAACAACUUUGACGAGCCGUAUAGUAGUUUGGACAUGAUAAAGUUGUCGAAGAUGUCAUUGUAUUACCAGUACAAGUGGUACUUAAAGAGGCUUGGCAAGUUUUAUAAGCCGUUUGUGACGAGGUCACACUCGCGGGACGUGAGCAUUAGAGAACAGCUCGCGUCAGAACGAGACGCCUUAAUUGAACAAAUCGCACACUCAAACUCUCAAGAACACAGAAAUAAACUAAAACAACACAUUAAACGGAAUUUCAAAGUCAUCUCCACCUUUCCCUAAUCUACUACCACUAUA